AUGUCCAUAAUACCAACUCAAUCAGACUUAUUCCAGACCUUAGAAAAUGGAUUAGACGGAAAACCUGGUGGUAUACUCAUUACUAGUAUCGGUGAACAGAUAACAGACUAUAUUUGGCUUGGUGGAUUCAGAACACUGGAAUCACGAGAGUUUUUAGAAGAUAACCAAAUCAAGCAUGUCCUAAGCUUGGGUCACUUUAAGCGUUGUAAACCGCCUAUCGAGGUCAAUCACAAGAUCAUUGCUGUCAAAGAUGACCCAGAAGCUCACUUGAUACAACACUUUCCCGAGGCUAUAGAAUUUAUCUCGAACGCAGUAUCCAAAAGAGAACAUGUCCUUGUUCAUUGCUUAGCUGGUGUAUCAAGAAGCCCCGCGAUUUUAGCAGCCUAUUUGAUGGCUACCGAGAAUUGGACAGUCGAAGAGGCUUUGGCCAAUAUUCAAAAGGCAAGACCGUUUAUUAAUCCUAAUAGAGGAUUCUUGAACCAGUUACAACUAUUUCAACAAAUGAAAUGUCACUUUGAUGAAAAACAUCCUGCCUAUAUAAAAUAUCUAAAGGAACAUCCCAUAGACACUAGCCAUUUGGGUCAUGAAAAGAGUGAGUAUGAAUCUUCAUGCAACUAA